GUGCGUUAACAGGAGGAAAGUACGACUCGUGGGCUUCAAGCUCAGCGCCAUGAAUUUACAACUAUAAACACACAAAGUUUCAGCUAGUAUCCAAAAAUGUUGUUUUCCAAAGAAGUGCCAUGGCGGCGGCUGGAGGGCAUGUCGUUUGGCUUGUACUCAACCGAAGAAAUAAGGAAGUUGAGCGUGAAAACCAUCACAAACUCCAAGCUUCUGGACGCUGUUGGAAAUGUGGCCCAGAACAGUUUGUAUGACCUGGCUCUGGGGCCAACAGACAUCAAAGAGGUUUGUUCCACCUGCUGUCAGGAUUUCAACAACUGUCCAGGACACUUUGGACACAUAGAGCUGCCUCUACCAGUCUACAACCCACUGUUCUUUGAUAAACUCUACCUGUUGAUCCGCGGCUCGUGCCUGUUGUGUCACAUGUUGACGUGUCCCCGCGCCGGCGUCCACCUGCUGGUGAACCAGCUCCGGUUACUGGAGCGUGGAGCCAUGAAGGAGGUCCAUCUUGUGGAGAGAGUUCUUAAUCAGCACCUUGAAGAGAACCCCAAAGCCACAGGAGACGAAAUCGAGCAGGUGCUGAGGGAGUUCACCAGCACGGUCAUUGGAGCGAACGCCGAGGCCUCACAGAACUCCAAACCCAUUAAACAUCUGGUUGAGAUGAAGAGCAGCCUGAUAAACAACUUCUGGAAGGUCCAGUUGAACGCCAGGAAGUGUCCGUACUGCAGAGGUGGCAAGUCAACAGUGCGUCGCGAACACAACAGCAAGCUGAUCAUCACCAUGCCAACGGGAGGACAAACUGCUGAAAACACAGAAGAUCUUCUGACUGGAAAGAGAGUUUUCCUCACUGCCAGCACCGCCAGGGAGCACAUCAGUAAAGUCUGGGAGAAAGAAGGUUUCUUCCUGAAGUGUCUGUUUCCUGGUCUGGAGGAGAGCUCAGGCUCUGAGGGUCAGAAGGGUUUCUACCCGGACCUGUUCUUCCUGGAGCUGCUGGUGGUUCCACCCUGCAGGUAUCGCCCCAUCAAUCGCCUAGGCGACCAGAUGUUCACCAACGGCCAGACGGUCAACAUGCAGGCUGUGAUGAAGGACAGCGCCAUCAUCAGGAAGCUUCUGGCUCUCAUAGCAGGAGAGAAGCAAACUGAGGAGGAGGAGGAAGUGACGUUGGAGCCAGAGGAUCAGACGUUCCUGUCGGGAAUUAGCGGAGCGACGUUACCAGAUAAACUGUAUAACAUGUGGAUCCGCCUGCAGAGCCACGUCAACAUCGUCUUUGACAGUGACAUGGACAAACUAAUAACGGAUAAAUACCCCGGGAUCAGACAGAUCCUGGAGAAGAAGGAUGGAUUGUUCCGGAAGCACAUGAUGGGGAAGCGGGUGGACUACGCCGCCCGGUCCGUCAUCUGUCCCGACAUGUACAUCGGAACCAACGAGAUCGGGAUCCCCAUGGUGUUUGCCACCAAGCUGACCUACCCUCAGCCCGUCACGCCCUGGAACGUGAAGGAGCUCCGGCAGGCCGUCCUCAACGGGCCCAACGUCCACCCUGGCGCCUCCAUGGUGAUUAACGAGGACGGCAGGAAGACCAUCCUGUCGCCCACCAGCGCCGCGCAGAGGGAGGCGGUUGCCAAGGAACUGCUGACGCCCUGUCCCGGUCCCCAAAAGAUGCCCAUGAAGAUUGUGAAUCGACACGUGAAGAACGGAGACGUUCUGCUGCUCAACAGACAGCCCACCCUGCACAGACCCUCCAUACAAGCCCACUGCGCUCGCAUCUUACCUGGAGAGAAGGUCCUGCGGCUUCACUACGCCAACUGCAAGGCGUACAACGCCGACUUUGACGGCGACGAGAUGAACGCCCACUUCCCUCAGACCGAACUGGGCCGAGCCGAGGCCUACACGCUGGUCAGCACCAACCAGCAGUACCUCGUCCCCAAGGACGGUAAACCUUUAGCGGGCCUCAUCCAGGACCACAUGGUGUCAGGAACCAAGAUGACCAUCAGAGGCUGCUUCUUCACCAAGGACCAGUACACCGAGCUGGUGUACCGAGGGCUGACCGACAAGACGGGCCGGGUCAGGCUGAUGGCCCCCGCUGUCUUCAAACCUCAGCAGCUGUGGACCGGGAAGCAGGUCGUCUCCACUUUAUUGCUGAACAUCCUCCCAGACAAAGCCGUCCCACUUAACCUCACCGGCAAAGCCAAAAUCCCUGGCAAGGCUUGGAUCCAGCUCCCGCCUCGAUCUUCUCCGGGCUACAACCCGGAGAGUAUGUGUGAGUCACAGGUGGUGAUCCGUCAGGGCGAGCUGCUGGUCGGCGUUCUGGACAAAGCGCACUACGGCUCGUCGGCCUACGGGUUGGUCCACUGCUGCUACGAGCUGUACGGAGGGGAGACCAGCGGGAAGCUGCUCAGCUGCCUGGCUCGACUCUUCACCGCCUACCUGCAGCUCUACAGGGGCUUCACUCUGGGAGUGGAAGACAUUCUGGUGAAACCUGGAGCCAAUAUGCGGAGGAAACAAAUCAUCCAAGAGUCUCUGAAAAUCGGCACCAAGGCCCUGCAGGCUGCCUUCAACCUGCCUCCCAGCAUGACUCCGGCUGAAGCCGCCAGUCGGUGGCAGGACGCUCACCUCAACCCCGACCAGAGAGACUUCAGCAUGGCCGAUCACAAAUUCAAGGAAGUGGCCAACCAAGUGAACAACGACAUCAACAAGGUGUGUAUGCCGGUCGGACUGCACACCCCGUUCCCAGACAACAACCUCCAGCUCAUGGUGCAGUCUGGAGCUAAAGGCUCCACCGUCAACACCAUGCAGAUCUCCUGCCUGCUGGGUCAGAUUGAGCUGGAGGGCCGCAGGCCGCCCUUGAUGCCUUCAGGAAAGUUUCUGCCUUGCUUCCAGCCGUACGACCCGUCACCCGGCGCGGGGGGCUUCGUUUCUGGACGCUUCCUCACAGGAAUCAAGCCACAGGAGUUUUUCUUCCACUGCAUGGCUGGCAGAGAAGGACUGGUGGACACGGCUGUGAAAACGUCCCGAUCAGGAUAUCUGCAGAGAUGCAUCAUAAAGCACUUGGAGGGUCUGGUGGUGCAGUACGACCUGACCGUCAGGGACAGCGACGGCUCCGUGGUCCAGUUCCUGUACGGCGAGGAUGGGCUGGACAUCCCCAAGACCCAGUUCCUGCAGCCGAGGCAGUUCCCGUUCAUCGAGAACAACUACGAGGUCAUCAGGAGGUCACAGGACCUGGACAGCGUUCUGGCCCGUUUGGACCCUCACACUGCAGCCCGCCACUUCACAUCCAUCCAGCGUUGGAAAGCAAAGAGAGAGCUGGCGUGUCCUCGCAGAGGAGCCUUUCUACUGUUUUCCCAGAAGAAGUUAGCGAAGCUACGAGAGGCCAUGCCGUCAACUGAGCCGCUGCCCGCUCAAGAUCCUGCAGUGCUGCAGUUGGUGAAGGACUGGCACUCUCUGGACGAAGCCGGCAGAGCCAAAUACACCAGGCGGUCGUCCCGCUGCCCCGAGCCGACCCUGGGCCUGUUCAGGCCCGACGUCUGCUUCGGGUCGGUGUCGGAAAACUUCCAUGACAUCACCGAGAAGUACCUUCAGAACAGAGGCAACGCCACAGAGGACGGCAUGGAGACACAGAGGCUGCGGCAGCUGCUUCACUAUAAGUGGCAGCGCUCCCUGUGUGACCCAGGGGAAGCCGUGGGCCUGCUGGCAGCUCAGUCCAUAGGCGAGCCGUCCACCCAGAUGACCCUCAACACCUUCCACUUCGCGGGGAGAGGAGAGAUGAACGUCACUCUGGGAAUCCCCCGACUGAGGGAGAUCCUGAUGGUGGCCAGUUCCGGCAUUAAAACCCCCAUGAUGAGCGUCCCGGUGCUGAACAACAAGAAGGCUUUGAAGAGGGCCAAAACGCUGCGGAAACAGCUCACCAGAGUCUGCCUGGCUGAGGUGCUGCAGAAGGUGGACGUUGUCGAGACGCUUCGGAUCGAAGCUUAUCAAAGACUGCAAUCGUUUAAAGUCACCUUUCACUUCCUGCCUCCUGAGCGUUACCGUGACGACAAGCUGUUAACUCCCCAUCAGAUCCUCCACUACAUGGAGACGAGGUUUUUCCGUCUCCUCCUGGAAGCCAUUAAAAAGCGCUCAGCCAAGCUGGCCUCCAUCGCCGUGGAGACGAGGAAGGCCACCCCUGGAGAUAAAAACAUGGACGAGGAUGGAACCGCAGGGGCCCAGGACGGCGGUGGAGAAGAGGAGGAGGAAGGAGAGAUCGUUGAUGACCAGGGGGAUGAAGGAGAUGCUGACGCAUCAGACGCCAAGAGGAAAAGCAAACAGGCGGAGGAGGUAGACUAUGAAAGCGAAGACGAGGGCGAAGGCGGCGAUGCUGAAGAGGAUCAGGGCGAGGAGGAGAACAGCCAGGCAAACGCUGUGGAGGAGACCCAGCCUGAGUCAGCAGACACUGAAGAGCAGCAGCAACAUCAGCAGCAGCAGAAGAAGAAAGAAACGAGAGCAGGGCAAGGGGGAGAGGAGUCCUCGGUCCAGAUGAGGGUGAACUCGGUUCUGUCGUCUAACUCGGCCAUACAGAGAUACUCCUUCGAUCAGCAGGAAGAACUCUGGUGUGAGGUGGAGCUGGAAUUCCCUUUGAACAGGGUCCACUUCGACCUGACCUCGGUCCUGUCGACUCUGGCCCAGAACGCCGUCAUCAUGGAGACCCGAGGCCUGACGCGGUGCCUGCUGAGCGAGACCACAACCAAGUCUGGGGAAAAACAGACGGUUCUCAACACAGAGGGCAUCAACAUGCACGAAAUCUUUAAGUACAACGAUAUCCUGGACGUCAACAAACUGUACUCCAAUGAGGUACACGCCAUGGCCAGCACAUACGGGAUUGAAGUGGCUUUGAAAGUCAUAGAGAAGGAGAUCAAAGACGUCUUUGCAGUUUAUGGGAUUGAGGUUGACCCCAGGCAUCUGUCCUUGGUGGCAGACUACAUGUGUUUCGAAGGCGUCUACAAGCCGUUAAACCGACACGCCAUCAUGUCGAACUCUUCCCCUCUGCAGCAGAUGACCUUCGAGACCAGCUACAAGUUCCUCAAGCAGGCCACCAUGCUGGGGUCACAUGAUCAGCUGGUUUCUCCCUCAGCCUGCUUGGUUGUGGGGAAGGUGGUCAAAGGUGGGACGGGGCUGUUUGAACUGAAGCAGCCUCUGCAGUAGGACGAGCCGCUGGCAACUGUUGUUGACCUCAAUCCUGCAGCUGAAGCACCAUUUGUCUGGAAUGCAGACCGGAAUGUUAUGUUCAACAGGUUUUUACUUUACAAACCAAAUGUCCUGUUGGAAAAAGUUUGCUGUGGAGAUUAUUGUAACCCAUUAAAGCCUUUCAGGUUUUUACAGGAUAAUGUGUAUACCUAUAAGCAUAUAUUGUAUGAUACAGUAAAUAAGUAAAAAGUUCCUGUUCGAAACUUUUUAAACUGAGAUUUUACUGUCAUAAAUAACAGAAUUGUGUAGAAGGCAGCCUGCAUCUCCAUUGUUUUCUCUAUCUAAUGAUGUACAAAGUAACAAUAAAUCUUAAUUGUUUAGCGGUU